AUGAAGGUGGGGUCAGGAAAUGAGGACGGACGUUUCUGUGUCACGGUGGGACCAAGCCGAUACCAACGGUUGCAGGCCAACCCCGCAAGUUGCAUUCAACCAAAAAGGCGUUUGAAAGCGUCGCUGAGAAGCGAGCAGUCGCAACACGGCGAAAAUGCUGCUGGGCUGCUGCCGAGCAGCGCUAAAGGCCACAUCAAAGUGGUGCAGGACUGGCACGUGCGCUGCCAUUGCUCGCUAUCUGACUGUGGUCCUCACAUCGCUUUUCGGUCUGCCGUCCGAACGAGCGAGCAAAAGCGGUCCCCCUACGAACGCUCUUCAGAGUCAGCUCGCCUCGACCUGAGGCAGUCAAAGCCUAGCAAUGGCGCUGAAUUGGGUCAUGCUGGACCAGAGCGGUCGCAAACCACUACCGCUUCCACAGGAAGAGGUGCUAUGCCAGGUGCGCAAGGCAUCGUUGCAUUUGUUUUCAUUCGCCAGCCUCAACUACCUUCCGGAGAGCUUGUAGCAUCGUCCAAUCUCAACUCGCUCUCGGUGCCUCUUGACCAUUUCCACUCGAGCAAGUACACCAUCCCCAUCUUCACCGCGCCGUACCUCCAAGCAGACGUCUACUCGGUUGCGCAAGGUGGACUACCGGAGCGACGGCCUGGCGAAGAAGCUCAUCCGGUCGGCAAGCUCAAGCUUUGGUUCAUGGAAGCCGGCGGCAUAGCUUUCCGCGAUGCCGUCGACAAAGCAAGGACGCUGUGGCAGAAGAGGCAACAAGAAGAACUGGACGAGAACUCUUUGCCUGCGUAUGAGCCGUCGGCAGCCUAA